GCCUUUGAUUUCAAUAAACCGUGGUUUUUUUCCUUCGAUUUCGAUAAACCAAGGUUUCACUUUAUAACUAGGGUUAAAUUCUUAUGGCGAGCUUCAUGUGGCUUGGCUUGGGCUGAAAGAAACCAUUAGGAUUAGGGUUUAUAUCCCACUUGUUCAAACUCAGUGUAUAUCAAGCAGCAAAUCCAAAACCAGGGAACUGGUUAGAGGAUGAAAUAGAGAACAGCAUUGGAUGAAUACUCAUGUGUAGAUUUCGAUCCUCUAAGAUUUGUAGAUGGCAUAACAAUCCUUUCGCUUAUUCAAGCUUGAGAAAACCGUUUAAAUCUUCUUCAUUUUUAUCUGUCAGAUUUGGUUCCCAGGUUUCUCUUAUCGGGAGAAUGAAUAGCACAAUAGCAACAGCAACAGCCCAGGAGGGCACUAGGAGCUUUGCCCGCAGAGAUCAGCUGCUGAAAAUUCAGAGGGAUGUGCAGAGGAGAUGGGAAGAAGGUGAGGUGUUCAAAGCAGAUGCAGGCCCUGAACCCCCUGCAGAAGGUGAGAAAUAUUUUGGCAACUUCCCUUACCCUUAUAUGAAUGGUGCCCUUCAUUUAGGUCAUGCAUUUUCCCUCUCCAAGUUGGAGUUUGCUUCAGCAUACCAUAGAUUGAGGGGCAGGAAUGUUCUCUUCCCCUUUGGUUUUCACUGCACUGGGAUGCCCAUCAAGGCAUGUGCUGAUAAGCUGGAUAAUGAGAUUAAGCAGUUUGGAAAUCCUCCAGUGUUUCCUGCUGACAAAGAUGAUGAAGAAGUAGAAAACCAAUCACCAACCGAACAACAACUCAAUGGUGGGGGAGAGCAAUUUAAGAGCAAAAGGUCCAAAGCUGCUGCGAAGAAAGGGUCUGCAAAGUACCAGUGGCAAAUAAUGCAGAGUUUGGGAUUGGAAGACAGAGAGAUAGCUCAGUUUAGGGAUCCUUAUCAUUGGCUCACCUACUUCCCUCCCAUGGCAAAAGAAGAUCUGAAAAUGUUUGGACUUGGAGUUGAUUGGAGACGCUCCUUUAUCACCACCGACAUGAAUCCAUUUUAUGAUUCCUUUGUGCGAUGGCAAAUGAGGAUUCUGAAAGAUAUGGGAAAAAUUGUAAAGGACAUGCGGUAUACCAUCUAUUCUCCUUUAGAUGGACAGCCUUGUGCAGAUCACGACAGGGCCUCAGGUGAAGGCGUACAACCACAAGAAUACACCCUUAUCAAAAUGGAAGUGAUUCCACCUUUCACUGAGAAAUUGAAGAUGUUGGAAGGUAGGAAUGUGUUUCUGGCUGCAGCAACAUUGAGACCGGAAACAAUGUAUGGUCAGACAAAUGCUUGGGUAUUACCUGAUGGUAAGUAUGGUGCAUUUGAAAUCAAUGACAAAGACGUCUUUAUUAUCACUCAGAGAGCUGCUCUUAAUCUUGCUUAUCAGCAUAUGUCCAAGCUCCCCGAAAAGCCAUCGUGCCUGGUUGAGUUGACAGGCCAUGAUUUAAUUGGUCUUCCCUUGAGGUCACCUCUUGCAGGUAAUGAUGUUGUGUAUGCCCUUCCCAUGCUAACAAUUCUAACAGACAAAGGAACAGGUAUAGUAACCAGUGUGCCUAGUGACUCACCUGAUGAUUACAUGGCCCUGUUAGAUUUGAAGUCCAAAGCAGCUCUAAGAGCCAAGUUUGGAGUGAAGGAUGAAUGGGUAUUGCCAUUUGAAGUUAUUCCUAUCAUUAAUAUACCAGAAUUUGGGGACAAAUCAGCUGAAAAGGUGUGCAUUGAUUUAAAGAUCAAAAGUCAGAAUGACAAAGAUAAACUUGCAGAUGCAAAGAAAUUGACUUAUUUGAAAGGUUUCACUGAGGGAAAAAUGCUUGUGGGAGAGUUCAAGGGCAUGGAAGUUCAGGUAGCAAAACCUUUAAUCAGGAAAAAGCUUUUGGAAUCAGGGAAGGCAGUCAUGUACAGUGAGCCCGAGAAAAAAGUUAUCUCCAGGUCAGGUGAUGAAUGUGUUGUAGCCCUCACUGACCAAUGGUAUGUAACAUAUGGUGAACCUGAGUGGAGAGCAAAGGCUCAAAAGUGUUUGGCGAAUAUGGAGCUUUAUUAUGACGAGGCUAGGCAUGGAUUUGAGCAUACACUGGGCUGGCUUAAUCAAUGGGCCUGUUCUAGAUCAUUUGGCCUUGGAACCAGAAUUCCUUGGGACGAACAAUUUCUUGUGGAAUCUUUGUCAGACUCCACACUAUACAUGGCCUAUUACACUGUUGCUCACCUUUUGCAAAAUGGGGACAUAUAUGGUAAGACUGCCACUACAAUAAAAGCAGAGCAGAUGACAGAUGAAGUUUGGAAUUAUAUAUUUUUUGGCGGUCCUUUCACACACUCAGAUAUUCCUUCUGACUUGCUAAAGCGCAUGAAGAAAGAGUUUGAGUACUGGUACCCCUUUGAUUUACGAGUUUCUGGCAAGGAUUUGAUUCAGAACCAUCUCACUUUUUGCAUUUAUAACCAUACAGCAAUAUUGCCAGAGGAGAAAUGGCCACGUUCAUUUAGGUGUAAUGGGCAUCUUAUGCUCAACUCUGAAAAGAUGUCAAAGUCUACAGGCAAUUUCAGAACUUUACGUCAAGCAAUAGAGGACUUCUCUUCAGAUGCUACUCGAUUUUCUUUGGCUGAUGCAGGUGAUGGAAUGGAUGAUGCCAAUUUUGUUUUUGAGACUGCUAAUGCUGCAAUUCUCCGACUUACAAAAGAGAUCAUAUGGAUGGAGGAGAUUUUGGCUUCAACAGCAUCCUUGAGGCAAGGCUCCCCGUCUACUUAUGCAGAUAGGGUGUUUUCUAAUGAAAUAAAUAUUGCCAUCGAGCUGACUGAAAAGAACUACAACACAAUGAUGUUUAGGGAGGCCUUGAAGACUGGUUUCUAUGAUCUUCAGGCAGCUCGGGAUGAGUACAGGUUGUCCUGUGGUUUAGGUGGCAUGAAUCGAGAUUUGCUGUGGCGAUUCAUGGAUGUGCAGACACGGCUAAUCACUCCCAUAUGUCCUCACUAUGCAGAACAUGUAUGGAAAGAAGUUCUAAAGAGGGAUGGAUUUGCAGUCAGAUCAGGGUGGCCAGCUGCAGAGUCACCCGAUCUUACCCUUCAGCGUGCUAAUAAGUAUUUGCAGGACACAAUUGUUUCCAUGAGGAAGCUUUAUCAGAAGCAGAUGUCUGGUCCUAAGAAGGCUAAAAAAGAUACAUCAAACCCUGCGACAGGACCUGAGGAGUUAAAGCCAUCAAUAGGAUUGCUCUAUGUUGAAGAGGAAUAUAAAGAUUGGAAGGCCAUAUGUCUGAGGAUUCUCCAGGAUAAGUAUGAUAGAAACAGUCACUCUUUUGCUCCUGACCAGGAAAUAUUAGCUGCUCUGAAGGAAAGUCCCAUUGGAAGACGUUCUGAUUUUAAGCAAGUACUUAAACAGUGUAUGCCGUUUCUGAAGUUUAAAAAGGAUGAGUCUCUUGCUGUUGGGCCUCAAGCACUAGAUUUGAGGUUACCUUUUGGUGAGAUGCAAGUCCUUCAAGAAAAUGUGGAGUUAAUCAAGAGACAAAUAGGCCUUGAAGAAUUGGAGGUAUUGACUGCAGCAGAUGAAAAUGCUAGGCAGAGAGCAGGUCGUCAUGUUUCAGUGUUGAAUCAGACACCUCCCUCACCAGGAAAUCCGAUUUCAAUCUUUAGGACUGCUUAAAAUUUUAAGAAAAUUCUCGAAACAAAGUUGGCACAUUGUAAACUAUCUUUUCAUACUCAUAGCUUGAGUUGAGUUAGUUCAAAUUUUAAGAUGCAAUCAACUUUUGCUUUCAAAAAUUAAAUCAUAUUUUAAACGUUGCUUUCUUUUAA